UGUGGGUCUGAAAAACUUUACUUAUAGUGCACCUCUUAAUCUUAUCAAAAACAUUCAUCCUGCCACAGAACAUGUUUGUUACUGUGUGUUUUGUAUUUCUGUUUUUCUUAACCAGAAAAUCAGAUUUUUUAAAUUCCAAAUAUUACAAAGACAAAUUCAGUUUUACUAUAUUUGGAUCUUUGACAAGCAGCAAUAACAUUCUUUUCACUACGGAGCUUAAUUCACAUGGCAAAGUCAUAAUAAGCUGUUCUAAUUUCUGUCGAGAGGAUCGCCGCUGUAUUGGGAUUAAGGUGUGCAGAAUCAAAGAAGAAUUGUUCAGGUGUAGAGCGUGCUGUUCUUGGAUGAAAACAAAUAAACAACAGUUUAUAUCAGAUGAUAAUUGCAAAUACUUGAUAAAGGAAGAAGGUUCCUUCCGUAAUGUAGCUGUAUAUAAACCUGUCACCAUGAGCUCAGUUUUCCGAUUUCCUAAAAUUAACGCUGUGAACAAUAUAACCAUUUGUCCAAAUGUCACCUACACAGCACACAGCGUCCAGGAGCACAGGCCUUGGAUUAAGAUAGACUUAAAAUCUGAAUAUGAUGUACGCAGAAUCGCCAUUUUUAACCUGCAGGAUCACUCUGGUGACCGACUGAAGAAACUGAAUAUAACUGUUGGUAACACAGGAACAGAAAACGAGUGUGGUUACUUUGGGAGAACAGCAGGUACAUCAGACCAAAUUCUAAUACCAUGCGCAAAGAGUGCUGUGGGCAGAUAUGUGAUGGCAACCAUUUAUUCCAAUCCAGGAAUGGUUGAUAUUCUUAAUAUCUGCGAAAUCCAAGUCUUUGUGAAAUAAUUAAACGAGACUGGGUCUAAAUUUUCUGCCUAGAAUUUUUUAAAUUAUUUUUUCACAAACUUCUA